AUGAAGAACUGUGAACCGGGAGCUGCUGCCUCAUCACGGGGACAAUCACAGCUGGGAGAAAAGGGGAAUAAAGCUCUUACAGACACACCUGGCCACGUCCAUUCCAGCACUGACCCGCACCGGGACCACUCUCUCCCCGUGGCUCCAGGCCCCCGAUACCGAGCACGGACAAAGCCCACCGUGCGCAUCCCCCGGACACAAAGAUCCCGCAGACCCGCAGUGCUGCCAUACUCACCUCGGUUCGCAGACCCCAGCGGAGCGGAAUAUCGGAACGUGGGAGGGCCGGGACACAACGGCAAAGUCCUCCGAGUCCCUCACGCCUCAUCGGGGCGGCACCCACCGCACCCCGAGCACCGCCCCGCCCGCAAUGGGACCGGCCCAUGGGGCGGGUCCCGGUCCGGUCCGUCCCCCUCUCGCGAUAGCCGGCUGUGCCGCAUGGCGCUGCGGGCCGUAUCGCUGUGCAGGGCCGUAACACGGCCGUGCUAUGGCGGCUGGACGGCUCUGAGUCCUCCGGUGCGCUGGGUGCGGAGCUCCAACCCGUUCACCCGGCAGCAGGAGGAGGAAUGGAGGCGGCGGAACCGGACGGUGCUGGCCUACAUCGCGGCGGCCGCCGUGGGCAUGGUGGGGAUGUCGUACGCCGCCGUGCCGCUGUACCGACUGUAUUGCCAGGCGACGGGGCUGGGCGGCACCACGGGUGCGGGGCGCGGAGCGGAGCGGCUGCAGGAGAUGCGGCCCGUGAAGGAGCGGGUGCUGAAGGUGACGUUCAACGCGGACGUGCACGCGGGGCUGCAGUGGAACUUCAGGCCUCAGCAGAGCGAGAUCUACGUGGUACCUGGAGAGACAGCUCUGGCCUUUUAUAAGGCAAAAAACCCUACAGACAAACCCAUCAUUGGGAUCUCUACCUACAACGUGGUGCCCUUCGAAGCAGGACAGUACUUCAACAAGAUACAAUGUUUUUGUUUUGAAGAACAGUGGCUGAACCCUCAGGAGGAAGUGGACAUGCCCGUCUUCUUCUACAUCGACCCAGAGUUUGCAGAGGACCCCAAAAUGGCUAAAGUUGAUUCGAUUACCCUCUCGUACACCUUUUUUGAAGCAAAGGAGGGACAGCACUUACCGCUCCCUGGGUUUCAGUAAUGGGUGAUGUCUGCCCUCUUUGACUUCAGCUCCCUGACUGCUGCUUGUGAAACCACUCUUCUACAAAGAGAAAAGCUGCAGGAGCACCGUGAGACAUGAUAAAGUUAUUGAACUACUGCUGGCACGUGCUGGUGUUAUGGAAGCAUGUGUUUAAGCUUGAUGGAACAUUACCUCUUAGGAGCAGUACUUCAUCAGAAAACAGAAGAGAUCUCUUUGUGGAGUAGGAAGUUGUCUCAAAGCCAUCCUUGUAUCAGAUGAUAAAUACUCAAUGAAUUCCAUGAGGCAAAUUUUAAAAUCUAAGUGUAAAUUGCGAUAUUUAAAUUUAGAGGAACAAAUCAGUUUAUUAAAUACCCAACAUUGCAUUGCUCGCUCUGAAAAAAAAACCUUUAUUCCGUGAAAGGUUUUUACUUCUCAAUAGAGCAACUUAAUCAGCUUGUGGACUCUCAGAACUUGACUGUGUUGCUUCAUAGCCUUCCCAUAGCACAGGACGAUGGGGUGAUUUGAAGAUGAUGCUCUUGCUGGAAUUAUUACUGAAUCAGUAGCUCAUUGGGUAAAAGCAGACUGCUCUAGAAUUGCUGUUUGAGCGAGGAACAAUAAUUUAAGCAUAAGCAUUUCAUAUUGGUGGGCUGCUUGUAGAAGCAACUGACUUGAAAGGGAAGCAAUUCUAUUUUUGUGUAUAUAGAUUUCCUGCAUAGCUUCCAUGUAGGAAACUCAUUUAAAUUAUCAGCACUUUUACAUAUUCCUCUUUGACUCCUGUGAGAGCCAUACAGUGGGCACCUCUACACUGAGAGAAGAUAAACUUGGGUAAUUAAAGUUCUGAAGGGAAGGACAGUACACAGCAACUGCUCUGAAUCACAGGCUAAAGUACCAGCAGAGGCACCUCCUCAAAAACCAAAGGAUGUCAGCCACGUUCAGAGGUCAAGUCUGACAAAGUCUGCCCAGAAACGCACCAUUUGAUUGCAGUACAUCAGAGUAUUCACCAGCACACGUAACCCUGUAUUUACCUGACUUUUUGUCAUUAUCUGGGGGGAGGGAAGGGAUAAUAACACUUUAUCGUAACCCUGCAAACAAGGACUGAGUUGCAGAGCAAGUUUAAGUGAUGUAGUCAUUUUCAGAUGGAAAUUAAUCUCAGUUGAGUAUCUCAUCUCCUAGGCCAGUUCUUUCUACCCCUUUCAGCAGAUGAUACAUAGAAAGGUAAGACUGGUGUUGGUUUCUUAAGACUCUAAAAAGGUAUUGAGCACACUGGAACUUGCCUUAAUCUCAGUUAUGUUUGUAUAUAAUAAGAAUGGUGCCCUUUGAAAAUACAUGGGUGUUACCUUGAAAGUGUAUUUUUGUACUGAACACCUCAUAUGUUCAAUGAGAUUCUGGAUAACAUGAUGUCAUGCUUUCACUGUAUUUAUUAAAUUUUAAAACUAC